AUGAGCGGGACUGAAGUUUCAGAUGAUCUAAGCGCUACAUCAACACCGAUCAUGUUUAUGAGCCCAGAAAGCUCGGUUAAAAAAAUAAAAAUUGUGGUAGGAACUAUUUAGUCUGCUGAACUUCUUAAAAGAUUAGGGAUCGAAGGUAAAAAGCGAUUUACAAAGACUCCAAUACGAUGCGAUUCGACCCGAAAACGAUUUAUUAGGAUUCCUCGAAUACUAAGCCCGAGAAAACCUGCAACUCCAAGCAUUUUCAGAGCUAUGAGAGGGCCACCAAAAUUAAUUGUUACUUAUAAAGAGAGCACAAAUAAAUAA